AUGACUGACCAGGAGCGAGAUGAUGUUCCCAUGUUGCUAAGAAAUGUUGAGCUACCAAGAUUUCCUCUAAGAAGUACUUCAAUGUGUAUACCAGUCAGGGAUGAUGAAUAUGAAGAAGACACCUUUGUACCCCAUACUGGUCCUCUAUUCGUUCAGCCGCCAACUCAGACGGCACCAGGAAUUCCAUUUACAAGUAGAGACACACCUGAUAGGCUUCCUAGACCUUCACAGGGAAAACAAGUCAGCAAGCGACAUGCAAUCAUGCCUGAAGAAAUUAGAGGAAAUAGGUGGUCUUACAGUGGACAGGUUCCAAAGAAUGAACACUUGAUGAUGUCUGGACCUUUGGGGCAAUGUGAUAAUGCUGACUGUGUGAAUUGCCCUCCUGCUUGUAGAAAUAAAAGACAUUUCCAGAGAGGUUCGAAUGCUUUAGACAAUAAGAUUCAUAACAUUCUUUAUGGUCACAGUGGUGGAUGGAAGAAGAAAAUUGAGCAGAUCAUGGCAUACAUUCCGAUUAUGAACCCACAUGCAAAGCCGGUUCAGCAGUGGAAUCAAUUCUUUGUCAUAUCAUGCCUGAUUGCCAUUUUCAUUGAUCCCCUGUUCUUCUUCUUACUAUCAGUACGUCAGGAUGGCAACUGCAUAGUGUUAAAUUGGAACUUUGCUACAGGACUUGCUGUUGUGAGAAGUGUGACUGAUGCUAUUUAUUUCCUGCACAUGCUGCUUCAGUUCAGACUGGCUUAUGUUGCGCCAGAGUCACGAGUGGUGGGAGCUGGAGACUUGGUUGAUGAGCCAAAGAAAGUUGCUAUCCAUUAUCUUUGUGGUUACUUUUUUCUUGAUUUCUUCGUUGUGCUUCCACUCCCUCAGGUGAUGAUACUGCUAGUUGUUCCUAAAGUUGGGUUAUCUGCUGCAAACUAUGCUAAGAAUUUAUUGCGUGCCACUGUUCUUCUUCAAUAUGUGCCCCGUAUCAUCAGAUUUGUACCACUUCUUGAUGGUCAGUCCGCCAAUGGAUUCAUAUUUGAGUCAGCAUGGGCUAAUUUUGUGAUCAAUCUUCUGAUGUUUGUUUUGGCGGGACAUGUGGUUGGUUCAUGUUGGUAUCUCUUUAGCUUACAGCAAAUAAGUACCUUAGCAGGAAACCUUGUCCCGAGUUACUUUGUAUGGGAAGUUCUGUUCACGAUGGCUAUUAUUGGUCUGGGACUGUUGCUUUUUGCAUUGCUUAUUGGAAACAUGCAAAAUUUUCUCCAAGCUCUUGGAAGACGGAGAUUGGAAAUGCAACUUAGGCGCCGUGAUGUUGAAAAGUGGAUGAGCCAUAGACGAUUGCCUGAAGAUUUGAGAAGGUUGCUCUGCAGAACUUACUAA